UAUGCACACACAUACAUAUGUAUAUUAAUAAGUGUUCGUGUGGACAAUGAUAGGCAUUUUAUAUUUGCUGUUCCUUUCCUUGGCUCCAUUAGUAUACGCCACAGAACAGCGAAACACAAUAUCAAAACCUAGUUUUGAAAGUCCAUGGUAUGACGUAGCCGCCCAAGUCGAUCGUAUUCAAUCCAUACAACAUAAUCUACAAGACUACCCUGUAAAAGUGGAUGUUCAGGUUAAAAUUAGACAUAACAACACCGAUUAUAUUUUCACUGCCUCAAGAUCCUCGCAAAGAGAUGACGAUUCAAACAUACCUUACGGUGGAGCAGUUUACAUUUACAAUCAGAAUGAAAUAAUUGUGACUUUUCCUGUGCGAAAUAAUCAAAAUUCUGCCGGAGGACUUGCUUAUACAGGCUCUUAUGGAUUAUACCAAGGACCAGCAAAUAUUAAUUUACGAGGACCAUACUUUAAGGGAAAAGUAAAGGCAAGAGCAUGGCUAUCUUCAGAUCUCCCAACAGCUUCCAUCAACAUGUCUGUUUACAUGAACAGAAAUUUGAAUUACAAAGAGCUGAAUCACAACAUGAGCUUUAAUCCUGACAUCAUGUCUGUACAAAUUAAGUUGAAAGAAUGCAGUAAACAAAUAUAUGAUGGUUAUAUAGCUGAAGCAGAAGGCACAGUUAUGGACUCCACAUAUCAAGGAGACAUUUGGGGACUUAUAUUCGGAUACGACGACAACAAAGUACGUUUGUGGGUUCAUCAACUUGGUAUCUUUGGAGCAGGAGAUGGAUGGGGCCUAAACGUAUAUUGUAAUGGAGGUAAUGUAUCGAUUCUUGGAUGGGAAACAGAUAAAUCUAAUAUAAUGUUUCAGACAAAUUUCACCGUUACCAAGAAUAAUGUACCGGAACCAUCGAUUAAAUUUCCGAGGAAAUAUGAUUUUUCAAAUUAUCUAAUAACUGUACAGGUAAAAAUUCCCGACGGCGACGGAAAUAAUGGAAAUAUGAUAUUUAACGCAGUUGGGUCGUCAGUUGCAACUGAAACAGCAAUAUUUGGUGGCCUCGUUUUUGUUUAUACCACUAGAGAAAUUUUAUUUUGGAAACCAAAAUCUUCAUUAGGCCAUAUGGUUUACAUUGGUGGAGUUUGGGGUUCAGGACUCAGCAGUCAAUUCAGUGAUACUGUUCAAGUAAUAGUAUCUGUUGUUUAUUUAUCAGAUCAUUGUUUUUCCAACAACGUGACAGUUACAGAAUGUAUCCCAGAACUAACUGAUCUUUUAUUUGUCAUCGACACAUCUCAAAGUAACAGCAACAAUAUAAAUCAAUCUAAAGAUUUUGUUUACAACCUAGUGAACAAACUAACACUUGGUAUCAACGAAUUUCAAGUUGCUGUUAUAACAUUCAGUUCGAAUCCAACGAUAGAGUUUGAUUUUAAUGAUUUUGAUAACGACAAAUCUUCUAUUUUAUUAUCUAUCCAGACAAUAAAGGCCGGCAAUAGAAGUACAAAUAUAAUCAAAGCUCUAAAUCUGGCUGAAGCGGUUUUAAGAAACUGUUCCAUGGGAGCGAGAGGAAAUGGUAUUAUGCAGUUUGUAGUGUUACUAACUGAUGGACUUUUUUCUGAUCGGAACCAGAACUCGAUAAAUAAUGCAGCAACAGAUUUCCGGAACAACGGGGGACGAAUCUUAAGUGUUGGGAUAGGAGAUUCAAUCAGUCACACUAAUUUGAUAAAGAUGUCAGGCAAGGGUGACUAUGUUUUUCAUUUUCCAGACGUUGAGGAAAUUUACAACAACAUCAUUAAAGAAAGUCUACAUUCAAGUUGUAUAAAUUGUGUAAUGAAGUUAAAAACUGACAUUAUCAUAAUGAUGGAUACCCGAAGGAAUCAGUCGUUUGACAACUACCGGUCACGUCAAAUAGCGAUAGAACAGCUUAUAACAACGACGGUUGCCGUCAAUCCGGAUGUUCUCUUUGGAAUGACUAUAUUCUCUGAUGAACCCGAUAUUUUGUUCAACCUAUCCCUGUCCAAAAAUAAACAUGAUCUGAUUGCAAAAAUGUAUCAAGUCAACAAAGAUAGAACAUUCAGCACUAUAAAUACAUCCCAUGCAUUGCAAUAUGUUUUAGAAAAAGGAUUUGAAGCAACAAUAGGGGCACGCUCAGCUUCUAGGAAGUUAAUCAUUUUAGUAGCAAACGGAGAUUGGUUAGAUGUUUAUGAUAUAAAAACGAAAGUAAAAUACUUAAGUAAUUUUAACAUUGAAGUGUUUGGAUUACUUUCUGGGACGGAUUUACAUUUUGACAGUUUUUAUGAAAUUCUAGAAUAUCCAAAUAAUCUCUUUUACACCUCUGAUGAAGACUUUUCAGCUUUAGAUGUAUUUGCAUCUUUAACAGUUAAAAUCAAGUGUAAUGCAACACAGUUACAGAACUAUGGAUAAUAAAAUUGUGUUUUUUUCAUCA